AAACCAAUCAAAAACCUCCGAUGUCAGCCGUUAGAAGAAGAGGAAGAAGAAAUAUGAAGCUUAGAUUUACUGAGAUCAAUUAAUCGUCACCAUCAACUAUCUCUCUCUCUCUCUCUCUCUCAUGAGCCCCAACAAAACACAGGAUCUCCUACAGUUCCACCCCCACCACCACCACCACCACCACCACUUCUACUACCACCAAAUCAUGGAGCAACCAGAGGAAUUGCAACCUCCGAUUCCGUCAUCACCAUCUCUAGUUCAGCCACAAGAACCUUUCUGUCUCCCUUCGAUGCCCGAAAUUGUAGUUUUUCGAGAUGAGGACGACGAAGAAGAAGAUGAGGACAAGCACGACGACUCACCAAGCCCUAGCUCCUCCGACGCAGACGACGCUCACCAACACUCCACCACUGCCGCCUCUUCCGCCACUGCUGGAACCGUUCCCCCCAGCAUACACCAGCGUGCCUCUGUCUACAUCAACCCCGAGCCUCAUAUCUCCUCUCAGUUCUACACCUUCAACCGCGAGUCCCAUGCUCUGAUGGUCCAGUGUAUUCUGGAGCGCCGCCUUGCUACGCCUGAAGAGAUCCGCCGUGCCACACCUCGGCCGGUCCUAAAGAGCUGGCGCUCUGUCUGGAAGGACCGCAACGAGGACACCGCCUACCUCACGGCCUGGAAGCGAAUCCAAGACAAGCUCAACGCUCACAUCGACGCUCACGGCCACGAGGUAUUGUUUUUCAAGAAUAAUUCCCAGCAGUAUGUAUCCCAUGUUGAUCAGUGGCAGGACAUCGUCACGAGCUUCCAUGGUGAUGCCGAUCUCAAGCACUUAGGGCUUAAGGAGACAAUUGAGCGAAUUAAACAAGUUUGGACCGUUGGUGCCAAAUUCUACGGAAUUCCCGAAUCCUUUAUUAGGGUUUGUGUUACAUCGUGUCCCGUAUGCUCCGACGCGUCGGGUUCUGCUCCCAGGACUAAACGCCGCAGAUUUGAGUAUACGGAGUCCUUCGAUGUUCCUGCCAAGGAGGUCCCUCACCGUCUUCAGCAGCUGGCGGCGAAGCACAAGGUUGUCCUUUGUAUUCGUCAGAAGUAUAUCAGGUACAAACCCUUCAUGGCGGAGGUUAAAGAUUAUGCUUGUCAUCGGGCUGGGGAGCCUGCCGCGAAGAAAUCGAGGAUUUUGAAGAGGGAGCCUUAUGCGUCGAAACGGUGCGGUUGUGGGUUCCGGAUUAGGGCAAUUGUUCCGAUUGCCAACUAUAAUGAGAAGGACAAGACAUUUGUGUAUCAGGAUGAAGGGAUGGCUGUGUUCAAGCUGUAUGCUGUGCAUUCUGGGCAUGAACCAGGGCCAUUGGACGGGAAUGCAAGGAUCAUACAUAGGGUUGUUGGGCAUAAAGGUGGAUUCUUGAUGGAUCAGGAUACUAUUUAUGGGAUGAAUGAGGAUACCGAGACGGACGCAUUUUCUCUAAUGAGUAAGGAAGAUGGUGAUUUGCAGCUUACAGUUUUGCACCAGGUUCAGGAACUAAGGGCUGAAAUUGGGCUGCUUGAAGGGAAAAUUAUAAAAACGCCGCAGGAGCUGUUGGGGCCAUUUUCUAGAGAACUGUCAAAUAUUGUGAAUAGGAUUAGGAGUCUGGGGGAGGAUGUGUCUAGGCCGGUCGGAUUACUGCACGAUAAGCAUCAAGCUGAUGAUGUUUUGGUGGCAGAGAAUGAGCUGGCACAUUGGGGUGACCAUCACCAUGAUCGGUUAUACGGGGAUGGAAAGGACACUGAGCUCAUUGAAGAGGAUGAUGACAGUUUUGAGCGGACACUUGGGGAUGUUGCGUCUUGGGAUCGAAUCAGGACAGACUGUAGGAGUAGGAAAGUGCUGAUGAGUGAUAGCUGUAAAUCUGAUAAGUGGUUGAAAGAUGCUUGUGGUGAUUUUGAUGAGAAGAGCAUCCUUGAUUGUGAGGAUUCUAAGUUAAUUAAGCCCAUGAGGCAUGAUGGUACAAUUGAUGCCGGUCUUGUUGGUAUACAGGUAGACAGCUUCUACCCAGAUAAUUCUAAGUGGUUUGAUUCGCCUUGCAGUUUGGAUCCCAGUACAGAUUGUGGAGAUAGUGGAUUCAGACAUGAGGAGAUUGUGUAAUUUUAGAGCACUUGAUUUGCUCACUUCAGCAUAGUUAUAGCUUUUUAAGCGAAGACCAUUAGUUGGAAGUGGGAUUGUAAAUUAUGUACAAUGAAGAUUGUGACCUACCAUACAUGCUUUGGCAUCUUUAUCGUUGGGUUGCUGUGUGGAGUACCCCUGUUUGGUUUCCUGCACAGGCUUCAUUAACUUUUUUAACCAUGUUGUAGAACUUUGAUAUGUUAGAUUUGGUUCUUCUGACAA